CUUCAUAACAUGAUCAAUGAAGUUGAUAUGAAUGGUAAUGGAACUAUAGAGCUCGGGGAGUUCUUGAAUCUCAUGGCAAGAAAAAUGAAGGAAUGUGAAGCGGAAGAGGAAUUGAGAGAAGCCUUCAAAGUAUUUGACAAGGAUCAAGAUGGUUACAUAUCUCCUAAUGAGUUGAGGCAUGUAAUGAUGAACCUGGGGGAGAAACUGACAGAUGAAGAGGUAGACCAAAUGGUUAGGGAGGCUGAUCUUGAUGGUGAUGGUCAAGUUAACUACGAGGAAUUUGUCAGAAUGAUGAUGUUGGGUUUUUAAUUCAUUCAUCAACCUCCUUCACUUUAUCUUUCCAACUUAUGUACUUAAAUUAAUAUAACAUAUGAUCGAUCCAUACGAAGCAAAAUGACUCAAUCGCAUGAUAGGAACAUGGGUUUAUAUUCACUGUAAUUAUAAUAAUAGAAAUUCACCUAAAAAACAAA